AUGCAUGACACGGCGUCGCGUAAGCCGACAUCGCGCGUUCUCGAUCGCGCGCCGUGCGAGAGCGCGGAGUCGCUCUUUGAAAAUUUGUGCCAAAAUUGGGCAAAGCGAGCCGAUGAGUUGGCGCGUUUUGAGCGUGAACUGUGCGCGACGCGGGAAGCUGUGCGACUGUCGAGCGAUGGAUCGGACUUGGACAUGGUGGAAAAAGAUACCAGGCCGUGUUCACGUGCAUGUGGUGAAGACACGCGCGAUACUCCCGCUCGCCCUCGGAGAACUGAAUCGACUUUUUCUGCCGAGCCUCCGGCAAAGCGACGUGCGAAGCAACGUAUUAAGUCUUUCGUGACUGAAGAGAGUGACGAAGACGAAGAUACAGAGGUUUCAUUGCGCGAGCUCCUUAGUCGCGCGAUCGAAGAAUCAGUCGCGGUGCGGCGUCGACGCGUGGAGAAGGAGACAGAACGCCGCAAAAUCGUCGACACGGCACGCGUACGACGAGACGCUGGUCGCACGAUCGCGAGAAGCUUGAAGCGCUGGCACACACGCCGAAUGCGUACAAUUUGUGUCGUGCAAAGUAUCUGCCGCCGAUGGCUCGCUCUUCGUAGAGUAAGAGCGGUUCGAGACCGUCGCGAGCGAUUGACGCGGAUGUUUUGGAUCUGGCGCUCGACGCUCAUCAGAGCGCGUCGACGUCGUGCGUGCGUGCGAAUACAGUCAUCGUGGCGCGGGUACGCGACACGACGCGCGCUUCGUGAAGAUAAGGGUAGACGCGAACGCGUGAAGAGAUGCGUCGAAGAAAUAGUCAAGCGCUACAUUCAGCGCCAUGAGAGAGCAAAGCGAGCGUGCGCUGCACAACGGAUCCAGCGCGCAUGGCGCGCGUUUAUUCGAUUCUCAACGUUGCGGCGAAUGAACGCCGCCACAUUACAAAUACAACGCGUGUGGCGAGGCACGCGCACGCGGAGAGCUGUGCGGAGUUACCGAGAGUCGACCGUGCGAAGAAACGCGGUCGAAUUCGAUUUAGAAAGCGCCGACGAAGACGAUUUCAUGGACGACGACGACGACGAAAACGCGGCACUUCGCGAUGUCUUCGACAGCGUCACCUGUUCUACCGCAGAGCGCAUCGCCGAGUCCACCGAACGCGCACGCGCAACUUCAUCGCGCGCACCAGCUGCUUCGGCGCGCCAAAGCGACGAUUCGGCUUCGACGGCGUCGCGCGAGCACUACAAUCGACGCCAUACACGGCACAUCCGCGAGCAAUCGAAACGCCGCCGCCGUGAGGCGCUUCAAACGAGCUCAACGGCACGGUUCGCUGCGUUUCGAUCCAACGCCGCGCGUUCCACGCGUUGA